AUGGUUCGGCGUAAGAGUAACACCGCCUACAACUUCAGAAGUGGGAUUAACUCGAUUCAACCGGAUGAAAACCGCGGAGCCGCGCACAUGCACGACCACGAUGUCGCUGUCAAUGGCGACGGUGCUCACGAAGCUGCCCUAACACCUGCAAUUGUUACACCACCCGCGAGUGGCGAAGGUUCCAAUCAGAAUGCAACUCCUGACUUGAACGCAAUGUUUCAAUUACUGAUGGAACAAAAUCGUAUGCUUAUGCAACAACUCUCUGUUUCGAAUUCAAAGACGAAUAAUGAACAAAGUAAUUCGUUUUAUGUCAUGCCGGAUUUGAACAAAAGUGUUAAGUCGUUUACGGGUCGCGAAUCCGGCUCGGAAGCAAAGGAUUGGCUCAAAACUUUUAUUGGAAUGGCCGAAAUUAACAAAUGGUCCGAUGCAUUAAAAAUUGAGUCAAUUCGUGCAAAUUUGAAUGGUCCAGCUCAGCAAUGGUUUAAAAGUCGUCGGUUCAGCUCUUGGGAAAAUUUUGAGCAACAAUUUACGCGAACAUUCAUUGGUAUUCCAAAUCGUACAGAGCUAUGGCACACAUUGGUCGCCAAAUGUGUGCCAUAUUGGUCGCUAGGACGCAAUCGAAGAAUGAAGCAACUAUAG